AUGUCGUCGUCGCACGGUGGUCGCUGGUUCGUCGCAGAGGGAGAAGGACGGAACGUGUAUCGUAACAGAGAAACUAAUAAAGGGUACGUCGUGGACUAUUCGGUAAACGAAGCAGUCGCCUCAACUGACGCCCUCGUCCCUUCGUCGCACACUUUCGCAGCAUCGUCGCGAUCCGACGUGGCGUCGCCUCGAAUCGUCGCACAGGGAGCGGAAUGGGCGGACGACUUCCCGCUCUCGUUCAACAGCUUCCCCGCCCCGCCCAACCCUCGUCGCACAGGGAGCGGAAUUGCCGCUAGCUUCACCCCCGCGUGGCCCAACGCGCGCCUGGAAGGGCCGGGGGGAGCGUGGGCGGUGCCCGUGUGGGUGGAAAUAGCGGCGACGGCGGAGAGGGGAGCGGGCGGGGAUGGGGGGGAGGGCGGAGGUGGUGUGGGGGGAGGCGGAAGCGACGGUGUGGUUGCCGGGGGUGGCGGAGCGGCGGGAGCGGGUGACGGAGGCGGAGGGGGUAGCGGGCGCGGGGACGAGGAGCUGCUGUGCCCCGACUGCCGCGCGCCCCUCUCGCUCCUCUCUUUCCCCGCGCUUGCCUUCCCCCAUUCCCCCUCCUCCCCGUCCGCGUCCGCGCUAUCUCCGCCCAUGUCCGCGGCGGAGGCGCGCGCGAGCGGGCGCGCGGUGCUGUUCUGCCGCCAAUGCCAGCGAUUCACCGACAGGCCGGUGGCGGGAGGGACAGGGGAGGCGGAGAAUGGGCGGAAGGGGAAAGACGAGGGGCAGCCGCAGGUGACGGCGGAAGGGCAGUGCGCAAGCGGGGGGAAGGGGGAAGGAUUGGGGAAGGGCAAGGGCGGGGGGGGGCGCGAGAGUGGGGGAGUUUGUGGAGGCGGACUGGGGCAGGGGCGGAGUGAGGGGCAGCAGGUGGGCAGCAGCGGAAGGAAUAGAAGCCCUGGCGGUGGCGGAAGCAGCACCAGCGCCUAUCCCCCUAGCUUCUCCUCCCCCCUCCUGCACGCCCCCAGAGGCCCCCCCGCCCCGCCCCCUCCCCCGUCCCCCCUGGCCGCGCCCACGCAGAUCCCCCCCGCCCCUGGCGCGGGCGCGGGGGAGAAGCGGGGGAGAGGGCAGCAGAGCGGGGGAGGGGAGGGGAGGGAGGGGCGGGAAGGGCGGGAAGGGCGAGAGGGGAGGGAGGGGCAUGUGCCGUGUUUUGGGGCGGCAGGGGGAGGAGGGGACGGCACAGAGCAUAACUGGGGAGGGGCGAAUCUGGGGGAGAAUCUGCCCACGCCCAAGCAGAUCCGGGCAGCGUUGGAUGAAUUUGUGAUCGGGCAGGAUAACUCGAAAAAGGUGCUGGCAGUGGCGGUGUACAACCACUACAAACGCAUCUUCCUUGAAAACCAGAAGCGGGAAAGACUCGCCAACCUGCCCGAGGGGGCAUGCGAGAACCUGGUGGGGGGCGGUGAGGAGGACGAGGUGGAGGUGGAGAAGCGCAGCGUGCUGCUCAUGGGACCCACGGGGUCAGGCAAGACCCUCCUGGCCAAGACUCUGGCCCGGUUUGUCAACGUGCCAUUUGCCAUCGCUGAUGCCACCACUCUCACCCAGGCGGGGUAUGUGGGAGAGGACGUGGAGAUGAUUCUCUAUAAGCUGCUGCAGAGCGCCAAUUUCAGUGUGUCAGCAGCGCAGCAGGGCAUUGUGUAUAUCGACGAGAUUGACAAGCUCACCAAGAAGGCGGAGGGCAUCACGAGCACCAGGGACGUGUCAGGAGAGGGCGUGCAGCAGGCGUUGUUGAGAAUGCUCGAGGGUGCUGUGAUUAAUGUGCCGGAGAAAACAGGGAGGAAGAAUCCAAGAGGCGAGUUCAUACAGCUGGACACACAGAACAUUCUCUUCAUCUGUGGAGGGGCGUUCGUGGAUCUCGAGAAGACGAUUGCAGAGAGGAAGCGCAAGUCAUCCAUCGGCUUCGGGGCCCCCGUGCGCGCAUCGCUGCGCAACCGAUCGGUGCUUGACGCCCGCACUGCCGGCUCGCUGCUGCAGUCGGCAGAGAGCACGGACCUGAUAGCCUAUGGGCUCAUUCCUGAGUUUGUGGGGCGAUUCCCGGUGCUCGUGGGGCUGCAUGCUCUCACAGAGGAGCAACUCGUGCAGGUUCUGUUAAAGCCCAAGAACGCCCUCAGCAAGCAAUUUGCAAAGCUGCUGGCUAUGAACAACGCCCGUCUGCACAUGACAGAGGGAGCAGUGAGGGCCAUAGCGCGCAGGGCAGCAGCGCGCAACACGGGGGCCAGGGGGCUGCGAUCGCUGCUGGAGGGGCUGCUCACCGAGGCUAUGUACGAGGUCCCCAGCAGUCUAGUGGAAGCAGUGGUGCUGGACGAGGCAUCGGUGGGGCACGAGGGGGAGGAGGGGGAGGACGGUGUGCCGGGGUGUGGAGCCCACAUACUGCAAGGGGAGGGCGCGUGGGAGCGGUGGUUGCAGGAGAACGAGGGAGGUGGAGAGAAGGCAGGAGGGAAGGGAGAGGAGGGCCAGGGGGGAGGAAGCAAGGGAGGUGGAAGUGAUGAGGAAUCGGACUCUGCUCCUGCUCUUGCCACAGCCACGGCAGCUUGA